AUGCGAGCUCGCGGGCGGAGGAUCAUCCCCUCGAUUCGACGCUAUCUCUCGACUGAAUCUGCGGCGGUGCUGGAUCCCGGGCCCGACGAUCACAACGACGAGGUCGCGGUAUUCACCAAGCUGCUAAAAUCGUGCACGGGGCAGAGAGAUCUCGCGCGAGGGAGGAGCAUCCACGACCAGAUCCGGCGCAGCAAUCGCAGCAGGAAACGAUGCCUCGCGAAUUCCAUCAUGGAGAUGUAUGGGCGAUGCGGCAGCGCGAUCGAGGCCAAAGAAGUCUUCGAUCAAUUGGGGCUGAGGACAAACCGCUGCUCAUGGGCGAUUCUCAUCGCGGCCUACGCCCAGAAUCGGCAAAUGGAGGAGGCCGAGCUCCUCUACCAGAUGUUCCCUCUGAGAGAUCGAAGAUCAUCCACCGCGAUGAUCUCCGGCUACGCGCGUGCUGGGCAAAUCGAAAAGGCGCGCGCGAUCUUCGAUGGACUGACGCAGCGUGAUUUUGUGCUGUGGAAUGUGAUGCUCAAGGGCUAUGCAUUUCUCGGCGAUCUGGAGGAAUCCACGCUAUUCUUCAGCAGAAUGGUUUCCAGGGAUUGCGCGUCGUGGACGACGAUGCUCACGGUCUACGCUAAGCGCGGGCAUUUUGAUUCCGCGAAGAUGCUCUUUGAUGCCAUGCCCCAGCGCGACGAGAUCGCGUGGAACGCGAUGAUAAUGGCAUUUGCAGCAAAUGGCAGCUUAGACGAGGCUAAGUGCCUGUUUAACUUAAUGCCCCUGCUGGAGACGCUGACGUGGACGUCAUUGCUCGUGCCAUUUGCCCAAGGCGGGCAUCUUGACGAAGCACGUCGGGUGUUUGAUUCCAUGCCUGAGCGAGAUUCUGCUUCUUGGAAGGCAAUGCUCGUGGCAUAUUCUCUGGGUGGGAAUAUCCAAGAGUGUAAGCAUUUCUUUGACAAGUUUCCAAUGUUGGAUACAAGUGCUUGUAGCAUGAUGAUUUCGGCAGGGAAUGUGGAAGAUGGGGAGAGCAUCUUUUUCUCCAUGGAGGAGAAAGAUUCCAUUGCCUGGAGCGCCAUGCUGUGCGGAUAUGCCCGGGGUGGGGAUAUUCCCAAAGCCAAGGCUUUGUUUGACAGGAUGCCCACCAGGGAUGUGUUCUCCUGGACGGGAAUCCUCGCAGCAUAUUCUCAGGGCGGUGAUGUGGACGCUGCUGUGGCGGUGUUUGAUAGGAUGCCCAUGACGGACGUGGUAGCAUGGAACGCUCUGAUCGUUGGAUUUGGCGGGAGUGGAAAGAUCCUGGAAUCAAGGGACCUAUUCGAAAAGAUUCCCGCCAGGAACCUGCUGACGUGGAACUCACUCCUGCAGGCAUAUUCUUCGGCUAGUACGAAAUGCCGCACGGUGUACGACAGGAUGCCGCAGCACGACGCCACGUCGCGCGUGCUGGCCGCCACGUCAUACUCAGGCACCAGCGUGGAGAUCCUCCACCGGAAGCUCGAGAUGCUGGAGAAUCUGCCCGAGGGACACGUGGCGGCAUUGAACACGAAGAUCGCGGCAUAUGCCAAGGCCGGGCAGCUGCGUGACGCCCGGGAAACGUUCGAUUCCAUCUGCCCGUGCGGCGUGGUGUCGUAUAACGCGAUGCUCGCGGCAUAUACUCUUAACGGCCACCUUUCAGCUGGCCUGGACCUCUUCCACGCCAUGAAUGUCCAGGGCGUGAGCCCUAACGACGUGACAUUUAUGGCCAUUCUCAUUGGAUGCCGCCACAAGGGAUUGCUGGAAGAGGGCCGGGACUACUUCGUUUCGAUGCUUGGAGAUUUUAACCUAAAUCCUGGGGUCGAGCACUACUAUGCGAUGGUUGAUAUGCUGGGUCGGGCAAAACAGCUCUGGAGAGCCGAGAGCUUGAUAAAUUCCAUGCCAUAUUUGCCCGAUACGUUUGCCUGGACGAAUUUGCUGGGAGCUUGUACCACACUAGGGGAUUUGGAGCGAGCAAACAGGACUACUGCAAAUGCCGUGAAGUUGGAUCCUAGAGUGUCUACUCCUUAUGUUCUUCUUUCCAAUGUUUAUGCCCAAGAUAGUUAG